UGCGUAUUGAUGGCGACGUCGAAUGCCGGAGAGGGGGAGCAUGAGUAGACGUGACAUCCAUAUUAUGGCAAGAACAGCUCAAAUAAAAGCAAAACGACAGCCCAUCGUUACUUUAAGACAUGAAGGUCAGUCAAUCCAGAAAAUUAAGAAGUUGCAAAAACCAAGCGCUAUGAUCAAACUGGCUCUCAUGAGGACCGCCACAGGAAAGGAAGACGCAGAGUUACCUCUGCUGCAGAGGAUAACUUCAUUAGAGUUAACUGCACCUCAGAUUGCCCAAAUAAAUGCUUCACAGAGUUCAAGUAACAGACACAUCUCAACAGCAACUUUUCAGAGGAGACUGUGUGAAUCAGGUCUUUGUGGUCAAAUUGCUGCUGCAAAAAAAACACUACUAAAGGAAACCAAUAAAAAGACUUGCUUGGGCCAAGAAACACGAGGAAUGGACAUUAGACCAGUGGAAAUCUAUCCUUUGGUCUGAUGAGUCCAACCGCCAUGUCUUUGUGAGACGCAGAGUAGGUGAAAGGUUGAUCUCCACAUGUGUGGUUCCUACCAUGAAGCAUGGAGGUGGUGUGAUGGUGCUUUGUUGGUGACACAGAUUUAUUUUUUAGAAUUCAAGGCACACUUAACCAGCAUGAAUACCACAGCAUUCUGCUGGGAUACGCCAUCUCAUCUGGUUUGCACUUAGUGGGACUGUCAUUUGUUUUUCAACAGGACAAUGACCCAAAACACACCUCCAGGCUGUGUAAUGGCUAUUUGACCAAGGAGGAGAGUGAUGGAGUGCUGCAUCAGAUGACCUGGCCUCCACAAUUACCCGACCUCAACCCAAUUGAGAUGGUUUGGGAUGAGUUGGACCGCAGUGAAGGAAAAGCAGCCAACAAGUGCUCAGCAUAUGUGGAACUCCUUCAAGGCGGUUGGAAAACAAUUCCAGGUGAAGCUGGUUGAGAAAAUGCCAAGAGUGUGCAAAGCUGUCAAGGCAAAGGGUGGCUACUUUGAAGAAUAUAAAAUAUAUUUUGAUUUGUUUAACACUGUUUUGGCUAAUACAUGAUUCCGUGUUAUUUCAUAGUUGUCUAUUAUUCUACAAUGUAGAAAAUAAAGAAAACCCUUGAAUGAGUUGGCAUGUCAACUUUUGACUGGUAUUGUACAUAAGUUAUUUAAUUUUCAUUUAAAAUAACAAACAUGUUUUCACUUUAAUUAUUGGGUAUUGGGUGUAGAUGAUGAGAGAAAUCUUCAAUUUUGAAUUCAGGCUGUAACACAAAUAAAUGUAGAAUAAGUGAAGGGGUAUGAAUACUUUCUGGAAGCACUGUUAAUGUUUGUCUAAGAUCUUGCACAAGAACACUACAAAUAUCCAAGCAGCCAUUCACAAGCAUGUUUGCAGAGUGGGAGGGUACAGAUCAAAUGUAAUUUAAUCAGUACAACAGAACUAAAAGUAAAAUAAUUUAUUUUGACAGGUUAAAUCAAUAAAACACUUGUCUGAUGGUAGUUCUCUCUUUAUAGUAAAUGCCGAUCGGUUUUCCAAUGGAUCGGCUAUAUCUGUGCCCGAUUUGGUGGAUGGGGAGAUAUUUAUUCCACCUCCCCCUACAAUGGCACCCCCACCCCCCCCACCCAUGUUCAUCCCUCCCCCACCAGAUUUCUUGGGUGACUUGGACUCCCUUCACCCUCCCUCCAUGCCCCCUCCAAAACCUCCAUCAGUGGUUCUGUCUAAAGAGUACGAGGAUUUCACCUCCCUGAAACCUCCACUAAUGCGCCCCCCGAAGCCCCCGUCAACUUCCUCCAGUGCUUCUAGUUCAUCUUUGUCCAUUUCUACACCAACACCAGUCCCUGAUUUUACUGAGCCUCCAAAGUUUGCUCCUCCACAGCCCCCUAUAGACAUGAGACAAGCUGCUCUGAAAGCCCUGAAGACCCCGCCUCCAAAGCCAACAAGGCUGUCCUCCAUCCACAGCAUGGACGAAGCCUCCCAGGUUCCAGCCCAAGCUUCCCCAGUACAGACCCCGACACCCUCCAGCUUCAACCCCCAGAACACAGCUAAGCUCUACAGUGUUCCUAAGACUGGCAUUCUGGGUAGACAGUUGGACCGUGACAAUAGGCCCAAGCAGAUCCUACUCCUCCAGGUCAAUGGGAAAGACACCUCUGUGGCACCACCAAGUAAGCCAGCCCAGAGAAAUAGCUUGGGUAUGCAGCUGGAGCAAGACCUGCAGGACUUAAAGGAAAACUUGCAAGCCACCCUUCCAGGCCAACCCACCCCACCCGAGACUUGGGAGGAAGUGGAGCCUUUGUCUUUAUCAGCACAACAGGGUAUGAACAAACGUGCCGUAGCGCCCCCUAAAAUGUCACCCAAGCUUCAGAAGAUGGUCACUGCCCCUGUAAACACAGAGGCUAGCCAGGUCAAGCAGGAAGCGUCUCCAGGCCGGAAUAACAAGUUCAGUCCUAUGCUGGACAGUAAACUACGCAACCUGAAGGCCAGUGAUGUCACUGGGAUGAGGGACGGUCCUGCCGCUUCCCCCCUGGCUCUUCUCAUGGCGGCUAAAGAGCGAGAGAGGCACAGGUCCAGUCUUUCCCUUGAAAACAGCACAAAGAGUAAUGAGCCAUUAGCCAGCAUCCAGCACAGUGAAUUCAAUCCCAAUUCUUUCACAGUCAUCCCCAGGGCCACCUCAUUCACUUCUGUAACCUCACAACAUAAACCACAGUCUGUGGUCCCACUGGAGGCCACAGUGGUAAUCCAGUCAGCGGUGAAGGGGCCAAUUGCAAAUCCAGUAGUUAAAAGGAUUCUGCCCACCUCUAGAUCCUCAUCCUCCAGCAGUCUAGCCGUGGAGAAGCAAAGUGGAGAGCAGAGGAUUGAUUCACCCUCUAGCCUCGUCAGGGAUGACGAGAACCUAUGCAUGCCAUUACUCCCUCCCCCUCCCGAAUUCGAUGACCAUGAUGUCGUGGACUCUCCUCCCAGCUCACCUCCACCUGACCCUCCACUGAAGAAGAUCCUGCCUCCCACUCCCAGCCCUGUCCUUCCAGUCCUGUCCUCUACUGCCAACCCUGUCAAAACUCCCUCGCCUCCCCCUCCAAAACCUAAAUCUCCAAGCGCUCCCAAAUUCCCACCUCCUGUCAUGGAGAUCAAACCCAAACUGCCUGUUCAGAUCAAACCCAAGCCGCCUCCCACCCAGGCCCUCUCAGCCAGCCAGGCCACGCUCCAGAGCAUCCUGCAGAAGAAGAUGCUAGAGAUGGACUGCAAAAUGGACAACAAAAUGCUGGUCAUGAAGGAAACAGACUCUGAUGACUGGGGAUCUCCCUUGUCUGAUGAGGAGACCAAGUUCCCGGUUGUCCCCAGAGUCACCCCGAAAACCCCUGUUAUCACUGCAAAGAGCAAGAGUGCCACUGUGCCAGCCACAACACAAGGACUUGACAUGAAGGAGCUGGAGACAAAAAUGGCCAUGAAAGGUCAGGGUUUGUCAGAGCCAUCAAGAGUUCCCACAAGCAAUGGGCCACGGUCAAAGCAGGCGUAUGGCAUGACUUUCAUGGUACAACCCGGAACCAAACAACCAAUCACUGUUGUCAGCAAAUGAGGAGCCAACUCGAUUAUACCACAUACUGUACCAUACAGCCCCUGUCAAGAGCAAGGACAAUGGAAAGAGAGCACCUUACAUACGGCUAAAAAUGGAUAUAGCCAAUAAAACACUAAGCAUGUAUGCCAAGGAUGUUUUCACCAAGCCCCUGGAGAGAAUACAAGGUGCUAAGCAUUUGUCUAGAAAAGGUUUUGCUGUACCACAGCACAUAAACCUGCCCCCCCAGAGGUGGUGUCAAAUAGCUUCUUGUCUAGGUGCCAAAGUCUAGAGUGAGUGGACUGUUGGAACAGCUUUCAACAGUAUCUGAAUGCUACAGUUUAAAUCAGUGCUAGUACACAUUGCCUUAUUUUUUUACCUAAUAGAUUCAAAGCAGAUUGAGGCCGUUUUUAAAAAUAGGAGCUGUAAUUUGCCAGCCUUAAUAUACACUGAAUGUCAUGCAUAAGGAUAUUUUUUAUAAAUGUCUUGAAGAAUUACUAUACAGAUGUGUACAGAUUGCUUUUGCUUAUGUUUCCAUUGUGUCACAGUACCUGUACAUUCUGUAUAUUAUAUUUUUAGAGCAUAAAGGGAAUCUAACUAGUCUACUACAAUACAUUAAGAACAAAUGUAUAUUGUUCACUAUAUUAUACUUAAGGGUGCAACUACUAUGUAAACUGUUUAUCUUUUGAUCUUCUACUUCAGUCAGGUGAGCAAGAUAUGUUCCAUACAAUGGAGGACUAAAUAGAAGCAAAACAGAUGUCAGCCAUUUACCACAUAAGGACAGGAGAAGUAAUAUGGUCUCCAUGGUCUGUAGAACCUACAGUGGUCAGUUUAUUAGGUACACCAGUCCCAUUCACAAAAAUAGUUUGCUCCUACAGUCAAGCGGCCAUGGUUUGUUAUAUAACUGAACAUUAGAAUGGGCAGAAUGAGUGACCUAAGCAACUAUGAGCGAGGUAUGAUUGUCGGUGACAGGUGCACCGGUUCCACUAUAUCAGAAACAGCCAGCCUCCUGGGCAUUUCAUACACGACAGUGUCUAUGAUUUACUGAGAAUAGUGCAUUAAACAAAAACAGAUCCAGUCAGCAACAGUCCUGUGGGCGAAGACAGGUCGUUGAGAGGUCGGAGGAGAGUGGCAAGAGUCGUGCAAGUUAGCAGGCAGGACAAACAGGCAAAUAACGGCACAGUAAACCAGUGGUGUGCAAAACAGCAUUUCAGGACGCACAACUAGUCUGUCCUUGCCUGAAUUAUAUUUCAGAUGGUGUCAAUUUAAUUGAUCCAGUUUGGAGUAGAACGUUCACCAGGAGUGACCUAAACAGUUCAAAUACAUACAGAGGUAUGCCCCUGCAUGCUACUUUUGCCAUUGUUUCUGUCAUUACAAAAGCUGCUCAUUUAUACAAAAAUAAAUAUUGUAGUUAAACCAUGAUGAAUCAAGGCUGUUAUAUCUCCUGACAGGAGUGUAAGUUGACAUGACCAUCUGAUUUUUGGUAACUGUGGCAUGUUCCAAGUCCUUUUAGAAUGAUUUGGCACAAAAGCCACCACCUUCAGAAACAAUUGAAACUAUAAUUACCCUGGAUUGCCUUCCCUGGAUUUCUGGUUUUAAACAUGAAAUUAUGCCAAAUAUACCAGUACAAAGUUCAGGGCACAGGCCACUCCCUUGUAUUGUUAUUUUACCUGUGAUAUUAAAAAUGUAGGAAAGUUACUAAUUCGUUUCUACCAAAUUG